UCUGAGCGAGGAUCAUUUCAGCACCGGGAAAAAAGCAUCUGCUAUCCGACAUCCAGCAAAUUCGUGAGAGAGUUGACCGGUCAAUUGAAGACACGCGCGCACUCAUAUGAAACCACGCCAGCUGAAACAUCACUCAUUCUACAAGUACCACAUUACUCCAUCAGCACCAGAACGCGUGUUUUAACAUCACUCAACAGACGUGACUUUUUGAAUGGUGUUUAAGGAGGACAUGACCUUACUUGAACUGUUUCUUAUGUUGGAUGUGAACGCUUGAGUGUUUAAGACUGAACAAUCCUGGCAACUCCGGAGCAACAUCUAGUAAGGUCGUCUGGGCUGGACAGCAGGUGCUUGUUCGUUCUUGAAUAGGAAAACAGACAGAGGAGGUGACAGAAGUGUGGGACGAUUGCCAGAUUACUGUUUUAUCGGCGUGUCCUCGUAACGUGCAGAAGCGAUCACACCACUCGCUGACCGUCCUCUGUCUACUUUAAGUCGGCGUGAACCCAGCGUGAUCAUCUUCAAAGUAACUUGCCCGUCUGGUCGUGUCUGGAUCCCGCUCAUGGGUGACGCUGGACCGGAUGGCGUGCUACUACCUUGUGAUCAGCUCCACGCACCUCAGCAACGGACACUACAGGAGCAUCAAAGGAGUUUUCCGGGGUCCACUAUGCAAAAGCACCGGGGGCGAAUCUCCGGACUACGCUAAGAAAGAGAAAGCCAUUGCAAAAGCCCUGGGGGAUUUGAAGGCUAACUUCUAUUGUGAACUGUGUGACAAACAGUACCAUAAAUAUCAGGAGUUUGACAACCACAUCAACUCCUAUGACCACGCACAUAAACAGAGGCUGAAAGAGUUGAAGCAGAGAGAAUUUGCACGGAACGUUUCCUCCAAGUCUUGGAAAGAUGAAAAAAAGCAGAAACGAGCUCUGAAACGACUGCAUCAGCUUGCACAACUCAAACAGCAAAAAGACAGUGAUGACAAGAAAAGUCCAAAAUUAAGGUCUACAAACAAGGCUAAGGAUCAAGUUAAAAUCCCAUCCGCUGGCAGUAGCAAGGUUGACAGAAAACCAACUGCAUCAUUGGUCCAAAAUUCAACCCCUAUCUCCACAAACCUCUCAUUGAAGGGCUUGUCCUCCAAUCGUAUUCCCACACUUCAGCAGGCAUGUCACGAAAAACAUCCCUUACUGACAAAACCCUCUGCAGGACACCGGAGCCCCAGAGCAGGGGUUUCAUUCUGUUUCUCCAGGCGAGCUCAACUGAAGCUUGACUCCUGUGCCUCUGUGUUUAGCGAUGGACUUGAUGAGGCUAGUGACUAUCAAGAGCUUCAGCGCCACAGGCACAGGCUUGCCCUGGAGGCCCUCUGGUCCUGCUCGAGCUCACCCAGAACCCCAAGUAAUGAUGACCAUGAUUUGUCCCAUGAUCCUCCUACCCUGGACUGGGUGGAUGGAGACUCUCAAACACUGCAAAUGGAAGCACAAGAGAAACAUGUGGAGAGUGAUGAAUUUGAGGCAAACUACAGCACAAGCGAGCCAGAAAAGCUGGGGUGUCCUGACACACAGAGUCCUGGAGCAGACUGGAAGCCAGCUGGUUCAGAAGACAGAUUGCUUGAUGGGGGGCAGAGACCGAGGGCAGAGGGGGCUUAUGGGGGAUCAGAGGAGAGAGAAUGCCUCAAGUGCCCCAGCCUUACUGUUUACACAGAUGGACAGGGCACUAUGGCCCAAAGCCAACUCCAAAUACAGAAAGACUCAAACCACCAUACACAGAAAAGCAGUGAAGAGGCUAUUAUGCAAAAUGAGAGAGACUGUGAGCCAGAAAAAGAGACAGAGGAAUAUAAAAUACAAAGAGUUUGCGAAGAUGAAAAUACAGGUUCUUUUCUUAAUGUACUCCGCAAGGAUGGAAAUGUGACAAAAUGGCCAUUUGAGCUGGUUCAAUUUACUUCUGAGGAGCCACGUGUAUCUUUCAGCUGUAACCCUCUCUGCUGCUAUUUUAAACACAAGAAGGGCAAACACAAAAGCACAAAGGCUGAGGAGGUAAAUCUUGAUGCUGUUGACAAGCUCACAGACCAGAAUGACAGAGCUGGGCCACAAACACAGAAUGUUCCAGGAGAUAAAUUAGGCAUUUUAAAACCAAAGAAACCCAAACACAGGAGAAAGGAGAAAAGACGUAGGUGUAAAUUAGAUGCUGUCAGGAUCCGGCAAGCAGGCUGCGCAUUCAAAACCUGCUCACAGACAGAAGCUGGAGGACACUUUGAAUUCCAAAGCACUCCAACCGACACGUCACAAAACAAGCAAGUGUGCACAGAGAGGAGGCACAAGCUGGGGAAAAGGAAAAGAUCAGUGAGAGAUGAGACUUCAAAUGAAAGUGACACCCCAGAGCACAGCCUCAAAAGCAUUGUUGUAAGCUCGCUUUCCGCCCCGGCACGUAAAAAAAAGAAAUGUCAAACGAUGAGGGGGCUUGUGUCUGCGCUACGCUUGGUAAGGCGGAGGCCUUUGCCAUAUUCUGCUCACAACUCAACAGGAAGAAAGGAUAAUUAUCGCUGGUAUGACAAUGCCUACGAGUCAAAGAGGGAUGCUGCCUCAACACCCACUAGUGACAAAUCUGGGUCAUGGGGUGGCCUGUCAGACCUGACCUCAGAUGGAGAGUGGCCUGUGUACCACAUGGGAAGAUGCUCCACCUCCCCAAGAUCAAACUAUCUAUACCCUUUGAGAAGGGAGAACAGUCAGCCCAGGUCUUACAUUAGAGGUCCCUCAUACAAUGUUCCUCACUACAGUUAUAGUCCAUGUAGAGAUUUUGAACAUACAGGAGAAAGUUGGGAUUACACAGACACCUACAUCUACAAUAAGCAAAGAUAUUCAACCAUUUGUAACAGCCCAGAUCAGCAUGAGAGGUACGGCAUGAGAAGGCACAAACCAUUUUUUGAGGACCAUAAACACAGAGAGCACAGAAUUCAAAAUACAGGCAGAAAGUUGUUUUACAGAGUCUAUGACAGCCCUGAACCUCAGGAGGAUGACAGGGACUGGUGGUACAAUGACAGACUUAGUCCUGUAGGUAGGAGGUAUCAGGAAAGAGAAGAAUUUCAGUGGUCAAGUCCAGAAAGAAGUGAAGACAGGUGGUAUAACAAGCCAAUUCCCAUUCGUAGCCCCAGUUCCUCUAGUAGCACUAGCAUCUCAGAUCUUAGUGGAGAUUGGUCAUCUAAUUCCCAAAUUAGACCAUCACCUACAAGACAGAGCCAGAAACAUUCUGAAUUGCCUUCUGAGAGAUUGGUCAAGACCAAAUCCUCCCUUUCUCCUCUUAGAAAGAGAAGCCAUUCACCACCAUUUCCCACAAGUAAGCAUGCCACUCAGCCUAAUUCCUUACACGUAGGUGUAGUGAAAGAAGAUGUUACACACAAGAUUAACACAAUGGCAACAGAUCCGUUGGUUGAAAAGGAUCCUAAAGUAAAAAAAGCAAAUUUCACACUCUCACUUCCACUAAUUGGCAAAUUACCAUCCAUUAAGAAUGGGGCAAGAAAAAGAGGCAUUAAUAAAGAGGCAGGUGCUAGUAUUAGUAGCCAGGUUCAAACACCCUCAACUCUCCUAUCAAAACCACAAGUUAUGCCUCACAUUGACAUUAAGACUUCAGAUUGCUUUCAACACAGAGAUAGCCAAAAUCCCAGUGUGUCCCAUACUUGUCUUGAAACUACCAAUGAGAAUAGAUCAAAAGAAUUCUGUGCUACUUUAGCUUUGGAUCCAAACAAUAUUCAGAAGCAAACCAUCAGAGGCCAAGUGGACCAUGCGGAAAUUGCAGGGAUUCACUGUACAAAACGAACCACUCCUCCCCUUUCUGAGCAACCAAUCACCUUCACUGAUGAUGAAAUUGAGAAGUACAGAUUGCUUCAACUCCAGGCCCAGCAGCACAUGCAGCAGCAGCACCUUCAAGAGCAAGCAUCUGUGGAGAUGACUUGUUUACCCGUACCAGCUCCAAAGCCACUCAACCAGACUGCACUUUCAGCCUGUAUGCCAUUCAGCAUACUUCAGCCAUCCUCUCCAGCCUCCUCUAUCAUUCCUCACCCUUCCCCUGUUGCCCUCUUGCCUACCAUUCAUCCCUCUCUUUCUCAGCCCCAUUUUGCCCCUACAAUUCCUGCUGCCUUCUCUGUGCCGCCUGCAACUGUGUUGGCAGCUCAGCCACUCCAACUGAUCCCAGCCUCAUCCCUCCAUCCAGUUCACCCUCACCAUCAUGUCCCUGGGUUGACUCUCCACCCCCUGCCUCCCACUUCUCUGCUCCCCGCAAUGCUCAGUCCAAUGCCCAUGGCUGCUGCCACUGCCGCUGCUGCAGCCGUCGCUGCUGCCAGUACCCUGCAGAUCCACCCCCUACUACACCCUCUGUUCCACAGCCAAGACCUUCAGCGCCACCCUGGACCAACCAGUUAGCUCUGGUCAGAAUUAUAAGGGAAAUUUGAAUAAACAAAAAGAGUAUAGUUCUGACAUAAAUUUUUUUACAAGAUGAUUGCAAAUGUGCUGUGAACUUUCUGAGGUUUAGGUUCUCUCAGCCAAAGGUCCUGUUCAGUUGUGAUUUAUUUUUGUUUUAUUUGUUACAUCGUUGACUCAAAGAUAAAGGGACAUUUUACAUUUUAUUAUUAUUUACCAUUCUUCGUAUAUGUGUCCUCUCCCUGAACACACAGAUGAACCUCUCCUGCCUCAGUGCACUGUGAUUUAUCAGAAGUUAAGCCCAUUCAGCGGUUGGCUGAAAUUUAGUCAAAUUAGAGCGUUAAUGCCUUUUUUAAUUAGUGAUAACUAUAAUUAGCAUAAUUUUACAGUUAUGUUACUCAGCAAGAAUUCAAAGGGUUUUAUUUAUAAAGAACUAGGGGAAUUUUCCUUGAACAGUCUUAAACUAAGCUAAAUGUACAUGAAAAUUUCAAAUUUGAAGAGAGAUGAAAAUGUUUUUAGAAUAUGCAAAUUGCCAUUAUUUGAUGCAGAAAUACAGCAUGUGAUUGAGCUAUUGUAUCUCCUAAUGGAUUUAGCAGUGUCCACCACUUUGGGUGCAGACAUCUCAUUUUAAUGAUUUUUUUUUUCUGUGUUGUUUCGUAGGGUAGAGUGAGUUUGGACUUGCCCAGCUUUAGUGUGGACAUGCAAUAAUGUUUUUUCAAUCUAUUUAAAGUGUAAAAUAUUGAACUGUAUUUAUGUAUUCAUACUUUGUAAUGUAAGUAAUAACAAAUAACAUGCACUUGAUUGUUCGUACAUGUUUAAGAUGCUUUUUAUUCACUUUAUUUUUG